CAGACAAAAUAGAUUUCUAUUUGUAUAUCCAUUUUUGUCCAUAAGGAAAUUAAUUUUCAAGCCCCAUCAUUUUCCAUGGUCCCAAAUGUGAAAUCACACAAAAAGGACUCAACAUAUCAUCCAUAUGUCAUAAUAAUGAUUUGGAUUUAGUAAUUGGUCUAAGUCUCAAUAAAUAUCUCAUGUGACAUGAUAAUAGCUGCUCGAUUUAAUCAAAUGAUUGAAAGCAUUUUGUCAUGUAAUACUUAAAAAGUAUUAAAUUUUAAAAUUUUAGAAGAGAUAUAGUAUAUGUGAUGAGGAGUGCUUUGCUUGAGAGAAUUGUUUUGAAUUUUCGAAAAAAAAAAUCUUGAUAAUUUUCAAGAUUUGACUAAAUUCAAUUAUUGUAAUGAGAUACUCGCUGAAUAAGUGGAUCAAUGUCACUCACCAAAUCUAAAUCUCAUAAUAACACCUAUAGGGAAAUUAAUAUAUAUAUAUAUAUAUAUAUAUAUAUAUAUGUAUAAUAUCGCGUCACAGAUGGAAUAUUGGAUUUCAUUCAUUAUUAUUUUACUUUCAUUCAUCUCCCCAACCGUUUAAAAAUAAUUUAAUUCCAAUAGGAUGUUUCUAAAAGGAAAAACAAAACAAAACAAAAUGAGCCGACAUGUCCAACGAGUUAAAAGCGUUUACACACGUAAAAAUCAAAAUCAAAAGUUGAUAAGAUUGGUAGAAAGAAUAUCCCCUCCCUGAUCCUCUUUCCAAGAUCAUUGCUCACCUUCCAUUUUCGCCUAUAAAUUAAUUGACGUGUAAGAAAUCAACACCUUCAUUCUUUCCUUGAUUGUUUCAAUCACACAAAUCUGAGAAGACCAAAAUGAUGUCCAAGGCAUCCUUCUUCUUCCUCAAUAUCAGCUUUGUGCUGCUUCUGCAGUAUCUCUCAGUUCUCUGUGUUUCACAGAACUUCGAUUUCUUCUACUUUGUCCAGGAGUGGCCAGGGUCAUAUUGUGACACUCAGAAGAGUUGUUGCUAUCCAACAACUGGGAAACCUGAAUCAGAUUUUGGCAUUCAUGGACUGUGGCCUAAUUAUAAUGAUGGCUCUUAUCCAUCAAACUGUGAUUCUUCCAACCCCUUCAAGCAAACUGAGAUAGCAGACCUGACUAGCAGUUUACAUAAGGACUGGCCCACACUGGCAUGUCCAAGCGGGAAUGGGAUAAAAUUCUGGAGCCAUGAAUGGGAGAAACAUGGCACUUGCUCAGAAUCAGUUCUUCAGCAACAUGACUACUUUGAAGCUUCUCUCACCCUCAAAAAGAGAUCCAAUCUCCUUCAAGCUCUCAACAGUGCUGGAAUAGAAGCAAAUGGAGGAUCCUACAGCCUGAGCAGCGUUAGAGAGGCUAUAAAGGAAGGAAUUGGGUAUGCUCCAUUCAUAGAGUGUAAUGAGGAUUCUUCUGGGAAUAGUCAGCUCUACCAAGUGUAUCUGUGUGUUGACGCUUCUGCUUCCAACUUCAUUGAGUGCCCAGUGUUUCCCAGAGGAAACUGUAGCACACAGAUUCAGAUCCCAUCUUUCUGAUGGAAUAAUGCACAAAAUUUAGAGUUUGCUUUGAUGUUGAUUUGCUUUUGUAUUGAUUCGUUUUCCAUUAAUAAACAAUAGUGGUAAACCUUUAACAUGCUUGCUUUAGUGUUCAUAACUGUAUAUGCAAGUAUAUUUAA